AUGGGGUGUGGACUGUGGAGCGGUCUGAAUUCUGAAUGUUCCAAAAUUGAAGUGUGAAGAGAGAACAAUGGCCAACGUUUCAAUUCCAAUCCCACGGACAUGUUUGUCCAUACGCAACUACUCAACCAAACACCCACGUUUCACCACUUCAGCUUCACCGUUUACAAUUACUUGCUCUGUUGUAAGAGAAGCAGAGUUAGAUGGAUCUGAGAAUAAUAAACCAAGGUUACUUAAUUUCAACACAAUCAAGGGCGUUGCCUGUGGUAUUCUUGCAGCUUGCGCUGUUUCUUCUGCUUCAUUUCCCGUUACUGCUGCUACACAGAGGCUUCCUCCAUUGUCAACUGAGCCCAAUCGUUGUGAGCGUGCAUUUGUUGGCAACACAAUUGGUCAAGCAAAUGGUGUGUAUGACAAACCAUUAGAUCUCCGGAAAUGUGACUUCUCAAAUGAUAAAUCCAACCUGAAGGGAAAGUCCCUGACUGCAGCACUAAUGUCAGAUGCCAAGUUUGAUGGCGCCGACAUGACAGAAGUUAUAAUGUCGAAGGCUUAUGCUGUCGGGGCCAGCUUUAGAGGUGUGGACUUCUCAAAUGCAGUGUUGGACCGUGUUAAUUUCGGGAAAGCUGAUCUAAAAGGAGCUGUAUUUAGGAACACGGUUUUGUCGGGCUCCACCUUUGAUGAAGCUAAGCUAGAAGAUGUAGUUUUUGAGGACACUAUCAUUGGUUACAUUGAUCUCCAGAAGAUUUGCAGAAAUACAUCCAUUGGUGAGGACGGGAGAGCUGAGCUAGGAUGUCGAUGAUAAUUACUCACUUUCUUCAUUCAUGUCUUCUUUUUUCUUGUAAACUACUAUACCGUGAUAUAUAUAAGAGUAUUUUGCUGAGGUGAACUAGUACAUGUUUGCUACAUUCAUGUCUUCUUUUCUUUUCCUUUGUAGUUUUUUAUUAUUUCAUUUGAGUUCAGUUCAACUUGCAAAUUGAAGACGUUAA